GUCGCAUUUGGAAUAACAGUACGUGCGGGUGUCUGUUUGGGUGCGUUGCCAUUGCGAUUGCCGUAGCUGCCGUUUUAAAUCUACAUUUAGUUCUAGCCUGGCACUUGGCGCGCCUGGACAACGCAAAGUGCGUUUGGAGUGUUGCCUUAAAAAUAGUCAGCAAGGAAAAAGAGCAACAACUUUGUCGGUUAAUGUGCGUGGGUAAUAAGAAGAAGAACAACAACUGCAUCUGCCAACCGGCAAAUGAGCAGCCGAAAUAAAAUCGAAAGUUGCCCCUGCAGCCAUCAGUUUGGGCCCUGAUGAGCAUGGAACAGACGGACGGAGGGCAUCCAAAUUGUCGCCGUGUUCGUGUUCCGUCCCAAACAAACUGGGAGCUGUAGGUUCGGAAUGCAUUGAAUACAAAUAUGUAAGACCAUGAAUUACAUAUAAAACUGCACAGCCGGCAGGUGAUUCAACAGCCCCGCCCAGAAAUGCCGCCCACAGCGUAAAGCAAUCAGAUGAAAAGUAGAAAAAAGCAACAAAUGUGAAAAACGAAAAUUAUGCUCGCAAAGCAAAUGAAAAGUGAAAUAUCAGCAAAAGUAUAAAAACGACAAAAUAAAUAUAUUGAAAAAAUUGCAAUCAAAACCAAACGAAUGAAAUCAAAAUACCAAAGAAGAGUUACAAGACCAACACGUAAAAAACAAAAACUUUACAACAACAACAGUGACACAACAACAGCAGCAAGAAGAAGAAGAAGAAGAAGCAGAAGACGAAAUGUUGCUGCCACAGGCCAAAGAUAUAAAAUUGAAUGGAAACGUCAGCAACAGCAAAAUGGGCCUGGGUAAAUCCAUUAAAAUGUACCUGACCAUAUUCGUAGCCACGACCUGUGUCUAUAUGGUGCUCUAUCAAUAUCACAUGUCCCGACAACCCCUCGCCACCAACGAGGUCAUCAAGCAUACAGACAAAUCAUCAUCAUCUGCGUCGUCAUUUAUCGCAUCAUAUUUGUGGUCACCCAUGAGCAGCAUCAAUGCAACCGCAAUGGGGCAAGGUGAGGGGCAGGGGCAGGCACAAAUGCAGUUGCAUGUCUCAAAUGCAACUGAACUUUCCUCCUCCCCCUCUGCUUCCAUUGUUGAAUCGGCUAUGUCCUUCUUAUCAACGGUUUCAUUGCCUUUGUCGUUAUCAUCACCAUCAUCAUCAGAUGCCAAAACCAAUAUCACAACAACAACAACAACAACAGCGGCUGCUGCUGCUGUAACAACAACAACGACAGCAACAACAACAACACCAACUACAACAACAACUGAAAAACUGUUAAGAACAACCAGAACAACCAGCCACGCCCACAAUUCAAUGGGAAGCGCCGGGGGCGUCGCUCAUAAAACUCGCUCAACAUUUAUAGCUGUUUCUGAACCCCCACCAUUAUACAUCAUCACGCCCACUUAUCGACGACCGGAACAACUGGCGGAGCUUACACGACUUGGUUAUACGCUGAAGCAUGUGCUCAACCUUCUUUGGCUGGUUAUUGAGGAUGCGAACAGGACGAACCCAUUGGUGGCUCACACCCUGGAUCGCAUUGGCGUGCCCUACGAGUACCUGGUGGCACCCAUGCCCGAGCAGUAUAAGCUGACAAAGCGGGCCAAGCCCCGGGGUGUCUCGAACAGGAAUCGAGGACUCGAUUAUCUGCGCGCUAAUGCCACCGAGGGCGUACUGUACUUUGCCGACGAUGAUAACACCUACGACAUUAACAUAUUUGAACAGAUGCGUUAUACCAAAAAGGUGUCCAUGUGGCCAGUGGGUCUAGUGACCAAGACCGGAGUUAGCAGUCCCAUUAUACGUAAUGGAAAACUGGAAGGUUACUAUGAUGGUUGGAUAGGAGGUCGGAAGUAUCCGGUGGAUAUGGCUGGAUUUGCAGUGAGCGUUAAGUUUCUACACGAACGACCGCAUGCAAAGAUGCCCUUUAAGCCGGGCUAUGAGGAGGAUGGCUUUCUGCGCAGUCUGUCGCCGUUGGAUAACGCUGAAAUCGAACUGCUCGCCGAUGAGUGCAGAGAGAUUCUCACUUGGCACACGCAAACAAAAAAGAAUCCUGCUGCACUUGCUCUCAAUGUAACAAGAUAUGGAAACACAAAUCUGGCGUUUAUUGAGAAGCUACUGGUGCGACCAUAAGACAAGAGGACUGCUGGUUUUGGUCCAACUGUAGUUAGUAUUAGUUAGGUAUUACGAUAACUAUAAUGAUUAUCCAAAGUACGAUUGUGUAUGGCAGCGAGUGAGCUCACAAAGUGUCCGUGACUUUAACCAGUUGUACAGGGUACAAUUUAAGAGUUGAAGUCGUUUCUUUAUAUCGACUAUCAUUAGUAAUGCACAGCGUAAUCUAAAUAUGAGUACAGUUGCAGUUAGUUAUUCUCUAAGCGCACACGUUUAUACGAUAUUUGUAACCAUGAUGAGGAAGCACUGUUUGACCCCAAACCGGCAUUAUCAUUGACAGUCGCACAGGCACCAAAUAGUUACAGUGUAUACCUUUAAGUAUUGUAUAUUAAUAUUAUAAAUAUUAAAUUAUCCUGAAUAUACAUAUACAUAUAUAUAUUUUGUACAUAUUUGCAAUACAUGAACCUAAGCCAAGACUUAAUUUAAGACAGUUAAUUUUUGAUAGAUGAAGACAAAAAGUAUUUAAGUGCAUUACUUUAUGAAAGACAACAGCCUAAUUGUAAUUUAGUUUAGUUUAUAAGUUGAAAUGGUAAUUCGUUUCAUGUAUUCAUCAUCUCGUAUAAACCACUCAAUACAAAAACAACUAUGGUUUCUGUUCCUAAUAUA